AUGCAGGAACCAGGCUCUGACUCCGAUGGUUCGGAGGGAAUCGAUGUGCUGGAUGAGUUCAAGGCGCGUCUGCAGGCCCCGUUGGAACGCGAAAAGAGUUCUACGGAUGUGCCGGAGCAGAAGGAGAGCAGUGACCAAUCAUUCGAGUCGCUUGGCGUCUGCCCCGAGAUAUGCAAGGCCUGCCAAUCUGUCGGAUGGAAGGUGCCAACGCCCAUACAGGUUGCAGCUAUUCCUCAUGCGCUUACGGGGCGUGACAUUAUCGGCCUCGCGGUCACGGGCUCGGGUAAAACCGGCGCCUUCACAAUACCUGUCCUUCACCAUCUGCUCAACGAUGUACAAAGGCUCUACUGUGUUGUACUCGCGCCUAGCAGGGAGCUUUGCGAGCAAAUAGCGGAGCAGUUUCGUGCACUGGGCGCGGCCAUCGCGCUGGAGGUCUGCGUAAUAAUCGGAGGAAUGGACAUGGUGCCACAAGCAAUCGCGCUCGCAAAAAAGCCACACGUCAUUGUCGCAUCGCCAGGGAGACUCGCUGAUCAUGUUGAAAACACCAAAGGAUUCUCACUCGCCACCGUCAAGAAACUUAUAAUAGACGAAGCUGACAGGCUAUUAUCGCAGGACUUUGACAACGAACUCGACAAAAUCAUACACGCCAUGCCGAAUGAUAGGCAAACGUAUCUCUUUUCGGCGACGAUGACAAAGAAGCUGAGCAAGCUACAGAAGAUGGCGCUGAAGGACCCCGUAUCGGGGAGGCACAAGUCGCUGAAAACCUCGCAACUUUUGAAGACGAAUAAAAAUGCUCAUCAGGUACAAGUGGACGAUAAAUACACCACAUCUCAACAACUGGAUCAGCGAUUCCUGCUGGUGGCGCAGAAGCACAAGUGGACAUACCUGGCGGCUCUCCUCUGGCAUUACUCCAAUCGUACCGUGAUGGUAUUCUGCAAGACCUGCGACGGUGCGCAGCGCUGUGCCGCGUACCUGAAGGCCCUCAAGUUUAGCAGCGUCUGCCUGCAUGGAAAGUUGUCACAGGCGGAGCGUUCAAAGGCGCUAAAUAUCUUCAAAACAGGUGGGGAUCUCAGCAUGGCGCAAUACCAUCUCACGUCAGGGUCUGCCACAGUGCUUGUGGCAACUGAGGUCGGGGGGCGCGGUUUGGACCUUCCCAUGGUGCAACUGGUUCUCAAUUUCGACAUACCCGAGAGCUCUAAGGACUAUAUACACAGAGUAGGGCGUACUGCAAGGGCAGGGAGGUCGGGACUGGCGCUCACUUUUGUCACACAGUACGACGUCGAACUUUUCCAACGUAUCGAACUAGCGCUCAACAAAAAACUGGAGGAAUUCACAGAACUCAGCGAACACGACGCACUCGCGAAGCACAGCCUCUGCGCAGAGGCGCUACGCAAGGUCGUCUCGGAAAAACUCAAGUACAAGGGACAACGGCAAGGCGGCAAAAGGCCGGACAAAUUCCAAAACAAAUACGAAGCGGCAAAACGCAAGAGGUUGUGA